AUGACGACAGCUGAGCCGGCCUUGACGCUCACUGCGACCGCUCCUGUGGAGCGCAGACUCCAAAUCGACGGCAGUGACCCUGCCUAUGGCGAUUGGAGAGACAAUCUUGUCAGAGACGGAUACGCUAUCAUCAAGGGAGCAGUUCCCGCGGAGAAGGUUGAGGGGUACGCAGACCGGAUGUAUUCGCUCUUAGAGGGCUUUGGACUUGGUUAUGACCGAAACGAUCCGUCUACAGUCCACCCAGAUAAGCUUCCCGUUAUCAACGAGAAGGGCAUGCUCUUCACCUACGCAGCCUGUCACGAAGACUUCGUGUGGGAUAUCCGCAGUGAACCACGCAUCAUCGAAGCCUUUGAGAAGGUAUACCAGGACAAAGACCUCAUCGUAUCGUUCGACGCAAUCAACUACGGCUUCGCCAACCGCACGAAUCUCCCCAAAAACACACCUUGGCCACACCAGGACCAGGACCCUGAGAAACCUGGAUUCCGCUGCCUUCAGGGCCUGGUCAACUUGCACAAUGCAGGCCCGAAGGACGGUGGCUUGAUCGUCUGCAAAGGAAGCCAUCUUCUAAGUGAAGCUUUCCACAAAGAUAUGAAAGAUGAAGAGCGUAUCCCGGCUUGGACGCCCGAGUGGUACGGAUACACUGAUGCAGGCAUGAAGUGGCUCGAGGAGCACGGCUGCGCCUGGUACAAGGUCGAAGCGGAAGCUGGCGACCUUAUCGUGUGGGACUCCCGCACAGCGCACUACAACGUACCUACCACGUCAGACGUCGACCGUCUGGCCAUUUACACUUGCUACAUGCCAGUUGCUGAGGCCACUCAGGAGGAGUUGCUACGCAAGAAGGGUGCAUUCGACAACCGCGUCGGGACAACACACUGGCCGAAUGCAAGAAAUGUGGGAUGGAACGAGGCGAAGAGGAACGGUGUACUGGACACUAUCCAGAGGAACCGCCCCUGGAAGGAGCCUCAGUUGAGUGAACGGGCUUUCAAGUUGACAGGUAUCCCGUACAUUAAAGCUGAAGCUUGA